AUGUUCGCAGAGAACGGCAGCGGUGGUAGUCUUACUGACAUUACCUUCACUGGUGGUGGCGUUGGCCUGAAAGGAGGCAGUCAACAGUUCACAUCGCAGCGUCUUACCUUCAACGGCUGCGACAUUGGUGUCCAAACUAUCUGGGACUGGGGUUGGGUGUGGAAGUCCAUCACGAUGACCAAUGUCGGAGUGGGCUUCAAACUGGUUGGUGAUGGCAGUGCUGUUAAUGGCAACAGUAAGUACCUCGUGGCCCUGAUCUGA